AUUGCGAUAAACAGAUGAGAAGUUUGUCUGGCGCGUUUGUAGUUAUAAUCAACUUAACAAAACGUGAAGCAAUAAUGAUAUAAUUAAUCAUUUUUGCGGAAAAAAUGUAUUAAUACGAAAUUUGUUAACAUAUUUCAACGCCAUUUUAUCUCACGGAUAUAAAUAAAAUGUCCGGAAAUCGUUUUUGUUUAAUAUUCAUAGUAUUAUGUUCUUUUGGGUCAUAUAGUGAAGGUGUAGAUGCUUCCUUAGGUGUGUUAGACAUUGUAAAAAUUGCUAAAAUAGUCGCGGAAGGUAUAGCAAAAGCUUGGAACAUCGUUGAUCAACGCGUUGAUUUUCCGGAGUUGCCUAUACCGAUUUUAGAUCGAACCGAAGCGAAAUUAUUUGGAAAAAUUAACGUUUUAUCGAGAAAAUUGGAUGAAUUAGCUGUGAAAGUAGACGGAGUUGGUACAGAUACCAUUUCCACGAUUCUUCGCAAUUUACCCGAUAGAGUGCGCUUGGAGCUUCGUCUAAACGAUCUGUCAAAUUAUAUGACGCGGGCCGAUGUUAAUUUUAGGAAUUUUUUAAAAUACGCCGAUCGCAAAAAUGAUUUCGAACGAUUAACAUUGGAAGAUUUCGCCAGAACGGCCGUUUCCCACGAUAGUAAUUCCAUUAUAAGUUUAAUGGAGAGGAUAGACGUGUUUAUAUCACCGCCAAGUAGAGGAUUGGCAGAAACUGGUAUUUUGGAACUGUUACUUAAAGAUUUAGGGGAAAUAGAAGGGGAUACGAUUUGUAAUUCCAAACAAUCCCCCCAACAAGUAAUCUUCAAUUUAUACAAUUCAAUAGCCAUUACCGAAUUAAAGGGCUAUUCUAUGAUUCAGUUCUCUUACAUGCUCCUGAGGUUAUAUAAUAAAGGUAAUUUUACGACGGAAUCUCAAAUUUUACGCGAGAGAUUCGAAGAAAGAACCAACAGUGCGAUAAAUGUAGUGAAAAAAGUCAUGGGGGAAGCGUCUAGAGAAUAUUGGAAAUGCGAUCCCAAAAAAUACGUCAAAGGUGAAACGUACGAAGAAAUAACACAAUUAUUACAAGGUUAUGUACAAAAUGAAGUAGAUUUAAAUCCAGACGGCACCUGUAGGGAAAACUGUGCCGAAUACACGUACACGAAAAGUCACGGUUGUUUCCAGAAUUUGUAUUGCCGUCAACAGAGACGUUGUAACGGAAAAAUAAUUGACUGUAGAUAUUAUGAUUCGGACAUGUGGAUAUGUCCAGCGGAUCCUUUAAGCGGUAGAAGAUACGAGUACAUCGAAUAUGAAAACGGUAGAAUUUUAGGUAGGAAACAGGAAUGUACGAGGGGUACUACUAAAGUAGACAGUUGGUGGAGGUGGUUAUUUUGGCAUUGUUCUUAUUGUUUCUGUCUCUGCGACGAACAGGGCAGUAAUUCUGAUAGAUACGUCAACAUGAGACCUGUCAUUUCGAAUAUUUCUAACAAUAUGGUGGUAGUGGGUUUGAGGUUCGUUAAAAAAAAUCGUAUAAUUCACGUUCAGAUCCAGGAAGGUAAAUUACUUCCUAGGGGAAAUAUAGAUCAAAGCAGUGUACGAUGGGUGCCGGUGGAGGAUUACAGAAUAACGGACAGGAAAAUUUAUAGUGGACAAGAUUAUCACACUUUUAGUUGGGAAAAAAGGGCAAUUGAUUUGGAUGAUUUGGAAGCUGACGAAGGAUACGUUGUCACAGGUAUCAGGUUCAAAGAGAUCGGGUCUCAUUUGAAUUUCGAAAUAUAUACGAGUAAGUUUGAUUUUGUUACUGGAACUUUGAUAAAUCCUACGAGUACGAGUAUUUGGAAGGACAACGCCAACACGGACUCCUCGACGAAAAAUCCAAGAAGGAAAAUCUGGUUGGUUUCUCCCGAUAUACCGACCAGAACGACGUCGCCUUCUAUCCCUACAUCAACGCCUGACAGUUACAUCGAAUUAACCCACACAGACAUCGACAGAGACGUCGCUCAAACCACCGUACCGUUCUGGGAUUCCCAGAAAGUGGAAUCCCUGCAGGCGGUGCCGCUCAGCGGCGCGGGCAUUUUCCACAAAGGGCGGAAAUUUUUCGGCGGGUUCAUCGCGCUUAAAAUGUUCACUUACGAUUUUAGUAAACAUCUAGAAGCCGCUUUUCCCGAAGAGGAAAUUAGUUGCAUUUGUGAUACAACUGAAAAAGCAAUGACGAUAUUCCUAGGAAUAACAAUAAUUUUAACUUUAGUGAAAUAUUCGGUGAAUCUUGACACUGGAACACUUCUAGUCGAUAGUCUUCGAAAAGAUUUCUUCGUUUUAGAAGAUCAACUUUGGCAAUACAUUUUCAAAGAAAGAAAAGAUGAUUUCGUGGACCCCGGAAUCGAAAUUCUCAAGAAAUUUAACGAAUUUGACGUGAAAAUAAGAGAAUUACCUCAAGAUAUACUUUAUGGUAUGACUGUACAAAAAAAAUCCGAGUUGUUUCUCCUAUUCUUUUCGGACGUAAGAGUUAUACAGGAUUUAUACGAAAAGUUCCACCGAUAUCAAAUUCAUUUAUUAUCACCAACAAAAAAAGAUUACUCUGAUUAUGGUAAAGACAUAAGUAUAUCCAGUCUUGUUAACGAUAUUCUACACGAUCCGAAAAAUAACGUGAAUCAAAUUUCGCUACAAAUAAAUAACCAAAGUCUCAACUUGAUAGGAAAAAUGAUAUACGAAAUGGUUGAUAAUUUUAAUUGCGAAUAUCCAACUCAAUCUAGACAACAAGUUAUCUAUAACCUUUAUAAUUUGAUAGCUUCCACGGAACUUAAGGGAUACGUCAUGACACAAUUUGCGUUAAUGGCGUCUCGACUACAAGAAAAAGGUAAUUAUUCAAAAAUAUCAAUAGAAGUUCGAAAGGAGUUUAAUAAUAGGAUGAAAGAAGUUUAUCGUCUAACAAAAAUCCUCAUGACUUCGUUAUCAACGACUAUAUAUAGGUGUGACCCGAAAUAUCAUUCCGAAGGGAAAACUUAUGAUCAACUGACUCGACUCGUACAGGCCCAUAUUCAAAACGAAGUUGAUUUGAAUCCGACUCGUACUUGUAAGGAAACUUGCGGUGAAUAUUCUUCCACUACUAGUCAAGGAUGUUACGACAGUGGCAGCGAUUAUUGUAAAUACAGUAAACCGUGCAAAGGGAAUAUUUAUAACUGUGAAUUUAUAGAGUCCCAUAUGACAACAUGUAUUUCUUCCAAUUUGAGCCCUAGAAGAUAUGAAUACAUAAAACUACACAGCGGUACAGUUCUCGGCCAUGAAAACAGAUGUUCGGCAAAAGAUGUAUACAGCUGGACAAGAUGGUUCGUCCAUUGUUCAACUUGUUUAUGUUAUUGUGACGAACAAGGAGCUUUAUCCGAUAGAUAUUUUAAUUUACGACCCGCAACGGCAGACGUCCAGAAAAACAGAGUUGUAACAGGUUUGAGAUUAAUAAAAUUAGAUCGUAUUUUCCACGUACAAAUACAAGAAGGUAGACUUCUACCUCACGGUUAUAUAGAUCAAACUACCGUGAAAUGGGUACCCGUAAAAAGAUAUAGGAUAUUUGAUAUGGGAGUAAAGAAUGGGGUAGAUUAUCACACAAUGGACUACGGACACAGAAGAGUAUAUUUAAAUACCCUAAUCGAUGAAAAAUCAAAUUAUAUUGUUACAGGUGCUAGAUUUGCUCUCAACAAUGGAAAUUUACAAUUUCAAAUAACGGUUACUCGUUUUGACUUCAACACUGGUAAACUUUACGCUAAUGAGUCAUACGAGGCCGAUAGAAAAGAAUUUAUAAGUAUGGAACGUAUAAAUAUAGAUCAACCGGAUAUACCGACAAAUUCCCCCCCGUCGGAGCCUGUUAUUGGUUGGAAUCAAUUUUUAGAUUUCACUGCAACAGAUUUGAUUAAAGAUGCCGCCCAAACGACGAUUCCCUUCGUAGAUAUCCAACCCGUUUCGGCGGAACCCGCGGUUCCGCUCAAAUCCGCCGGAUUGUAUUACAAAGGGCACGUGGGUUAUGGCGGAUUUAUUGGAAUCGUGGCGGAUACUUACGAUUAUUCCAAACAUUUGAAAUUCGAAUUUCCUUUAGCUCGAAAUAGGGAAGAAUCCGAAGAAAAUUACGAAGUGAUGCCGAAUUGAGAGAAGAAAUUAAUAAAAUAUAUAUAGAUAUGUUUAUUAUGUAUAAUAUUUAGUGUUAAAUUAUGUUUAUGAAUAUAUAUUUACUAUAAA